UUUCUGUUUGAUUUGCAGGUACUGCCAGGCCUUGAGGGCUUCAGUGGCGCUGGAGAUGCAGUAAACCAGUGCAUGAGGCUCAGAAUUCAGUCUCUGCGUUUGGAAGCUUUAGACCCGAGUGUCAGCGUAUUGAACGUUGGCGGUCGUGGCUUUCCAAAGGCCCUGGAUAUUUCAGGGCUGUAGAGCAGUAAAAUGUUUGCCAAAUUGAAGAAGAAGAUCGCGGAGGAGGCGGCGGUGGCUCCCCGGCCCGGAGGAAAUGCCCGCAUGCCCAGGUCUGUCAGCAAGGAAUCGAUCACGUCUGUGGGAGCAGACUCCGGAGACGACUUUGCUUCUGAUGGAAGCAGCUCCAGAGAGGAUCUUUCAUCCCAGUUGUUAAGAAGAAAUGAACAAAUUAGAAAACUGGAGGUGAAGCUAUCUGAUUAUGCUGAUCAGAUCCGAAAUCUGCAGAAGAUAAAAGAGAAGCUUGAAAAUGCAUUAGAAAAGCAUCAGGAUUCCUCCAUGAGGAAGUUUCAGGAGCAGAAUGAAGCUCACCAGGCCAGUCGAGCCAAGAUGGCUGAAGGAAUGGCUUUGGCCUUGGAGAAGAAGGACAAGGAGUGGAUGGAAAAACUCGCUCAGGUUGAAAAGGAGAAAAAAGUGCUUCAAACACAGUUACAAGAAAUGAGGGAGCAGAGUUUGAACCUUUUCCAAAAACGAGAUGAAAUCGAUGAACUGGAGGGCUUUCAGCAGCAGGAAAUUGCCAAAGUUAAACACAUGCUUUUGAAAAAGGAAGAGUGUGUGAGCCGAGCGGAGCAGGAGCUGGAGGCGCGGGCGCAGGAGCUGGGCCGGGCGCGAGCGGAGCUGCAGGAGGCCAGGGCCGAGGCCUCGGCGCUCAGCAGGGACCUGCAGGACUUGCAGCAGCAGCUGCAGCAGCUGCAGGCUCACAGAGAUGAACUAAUGACAGCUGAGACAAAUGCAGAAAAUAAGAUCACUGCUCUGGAGUUAAGAGAACAGGAGCUACAAACUGUCAUACAGCAGCUUUCUGUAGACUUGCAAAAUGCUCGAGUGGCUGGUUCUGGUUGUGAGAAGAGACUGGAAAUGUUACAAGUGGAGCAUGAAUCUCUGAAGGUGGAAUAUGAGCAGGAGAAGCAAAAGAUGACUUUUGAACUUGCUGAGAGAGAUAGACAUACAGAACAGCUGCAGGAAAAGGUGUCUUCCCUGGAAAAAAAGCUAGAAAGAAAUCUGUCAGGAGAUGAGCAUGUGCAGGAGCUGCUCAAGGAGAAAGCUGCUCUUGAGCAGAGGCUGGAGGAGAGCAGGCAGCAGAUACUGACAGACAGGACACAGCACAGCCAGGCUCUGAACCAGCUGGAAACACAGAAUAAAGAACUGGAAGAGAAACUACGGAUCACAACAGAAACACUGAAAAAGAGCAAAGAAGCAGCUGCAGACCAGGAUCUGAAGAUCCAGAAGCUGCAAACUGAUCUAGAGGAGGAAAGAAAACAACUGCAGCAACAGAUUUUAAGUGAAAAACAUCAGUAUGAUGAGAAAGUUACUGGGCUGGAGUCUCAGAUUGCUGCUCUUGAAAAAGCUCAGGAAUUGGAUAAAACAACAACUCAGCACAGGAUUAGCCAAUUGGAAAAGGAAAAUGAAAACCUCAAGGGAAGCAAAGAAGAGUAUGAGAGUUCAUUAAAACAACAAGAGUGUGAACUGAACAGGCUAAAGAAUGAGAUGAGCAGCAGAGAAACUGUCAGUGUGGAAAUUGCCAAAGCAUUGGAAGAAACAAGGAAACAGAGAGAGGAGUUACAACAGCAGGUUUCAGAUCUGAAUACCCUAAUAAAGGAGAAAGACCAGCUGAUUGAUGAAAAAUGUGAUCUGCUGCUAAAACAGAAGGAAGAACUGAACCAACUCAGUCAAGACCAUGAAGCUGUCUUGCUGCAGGUGCACCAGUUACAGCUGGACAUAGAGGCAAGGCAGAGCCAAGCAGUGGAGAUAGAGGAAACAGCAAGAAAAGAAAUUGAUGAGCUGAAGCUGCAGGUACAGGAGUGCCUGUUGGCCAGAGAGCAUGAGAAAAACGUUUUAGAACUGGAGGAAUCGACGAGGGCCUUGAACAGUGAGCACUUGCCUUCUCCAGAAAACUCUGUGGUGGAACAGAAUGGAGAGGUGGCAGCUGCAGAUGUUGUUCAACUUCAGAAGGAUAACAGAGAGCUGGAACAGCAAAUUGCUGAGAAAAACAAGAUGAUAAAGCAACUUCAGCAAAGAAUGACAGAACUGAAGAAAACUCUGCAGAAAGAGCUGAAAAUAAGGCCUGACAGUGAGGUACCUGAGCUACGUGCAAAUUCUGAAGUGCCUAAUGCUUCUGUGACUGUCACCAACAACUCUGACUUGAACGACUCCAGGGAGAUAAACUUCGAGUACCUUAAACAUGUUGUACUAAAGUUCAUGUCCUGCAGGGAGUCUGAGGCAUUCCAUCUCAUUAAAGCUGUGUCUGUGUUACUGAAUUUUUCACAAGAGGAAGAAAACAUGCUCAAAGAAACUCUGGAGUACAAGAUGUCCUGGUUUGGGUCAAAGCCAUCCCCCAAAGGCAGCAUCCGCCCGUCUAUCUCGAGCCCAAGGACUCUGUGGCCUUAAGGGAACCCGAAGGUGGCAGGCAGUAUCCAGGCACUUCUUUCUGUGAAAAGAAUGCUGAACACACUGCUCCAGGUGUGUCUUAAUCACUGUCAUUGCAGUAUUUUGUACAAGAACUUCUGGCUCUGUUUACAAAAUUAAUGCUGUGCAAGGAGACAUGUUCACUACAGACUGGAACAGCUCUGGGCUGGAGUCGGGAGCAGCUCCUCGUGCUCAGCACUCGUGGGUCCUGGCACCACAGGGUUCUGAGCACCUCGAGGGCAGCAGGGCUGCCAGCUCAGUCCCUUGGGAUGCUGAUUCCAGCUGCUGUUCCAGGGUGCUGCAGUCCAGUGACUCUGGGCACAGAAAAGCUGCUUGUCUGGCUGUGGGAAGCCAGCAGUGGAAAAUGUGUUGGCAGAAGAGUGUUGAGAGUGGGAUGGUUUGCGAAGCCUUUCACAGGACAGGAGCAGGAGCUUUAACCAAAAAAGAACUCUGCCUUGCCUUCUAAUACUGACAUUAACUAAUGGUUGGCAUUUUUUCAUAUCACUGUGUAAUUUAAGGUGCAUUUAUCCUGGCCUGCAGCCCUCAAGGCUGCAUGUUGAUUAUUUAAUUUGAGAGCACAACUUUAGAGUUGUCUGAUUUUACUUUUCUUAAAGAAAAAUAAUAUUUAAAAUGGUCUUAAUUAUAGUACCUAAUCCUCAGUCGCCUUUAAAACUAAUCCAUUAGCCUGUUCCAUGGGUUGUUAGCAGUGGGAAAAGGGGUAGGAAACCAUUUAAACUUUUAAAGCUGAGUUCCAGGUAUUGUAAAUCCACACUGAAAAAUACCUUUUAUUUUAAAAAAAUAAAAAUCUAGUUACAAAGGGUGAAGAAUGCUGGUACUAAACAUUUUGAUUCAUUUUUUUUCUUCCGAGUCUGCUAGCAACAAAUCCUUAUAACCAGGA